AUGCCAGAGACAGGGCCCAAGAGGGCUUGGAGGCCACUUGCUCCUGCUCCGACCGCUAGUGGUGGACAAUCUUCUGAGAUAGCUGGACCGUCGCGUCGAAGCAACUUGGUCAAGAAUGCUUGCCGGAAUUGCCAGGCCAAGAAGACAAAGUUGGAGUGUGUCUUUGAUACGCGCUUCGAAGGUAUGACCAAACAGCAGAGUGCCGAAUUCGAGAUUGCGCGACUCCAAGCCAUCAUCACAGACCUUGAGGAAAAGUUGCGUGUUCUCAGACAUGGUACCUACGACGAAGCACAAUCCAUGCUCGCCUUGAUGAGGCGAGAUGUGCAAAAUCAUGAUAAUGACCAUUCGGGCGCCCGAGUGCACGAUCCACUUCAGGAGGUAGUUCCUUCCGCCUCCUGCUCCGAGUUAAUCCAGCCAGGCCACAGGCCAUCGCCAGAGAUAAGCGACACUGACAAAGAACACGAUUUCCCUCCCCUUCUCUUCAACCGACGCGACUGGACACGAGAACCGACGACCCUAAACAAUGAUGACAAUGCCAACUCGGAGCACCCGGCGGCGCAAAAGAAGCCACCCGAGCUUCUCGACCACUCUGUCGGCAAUUCUCACCCCAAUACAGAAAACGAUUUGACUCCUAGACAUUCCAACAAUUUCAAAAACUUGCCCUUCUCGAGUGCUAUUCUUGCAAAUCACCACCCUCCUCAGAUUCAGCAGCAGCAACACGCAAACAUGUUCCAGUCCCUAUGGUCCAUCUUGCCCUUGACUACUUUACCUGGACCUUCAUCAGUCAAGACCUCCAUCUCGUCCACACUGCUACAAGCACAAUUGCUUAUUAAGGCUGGCGAGCCCAUAGACUCAGUCGCCGGAAAGAGCUGCAAUAUUGCCGCCAUUUUCAACCAGGAACAAUACAGCCACUCGAGGCUACUGUCCAAGUGGGCAGCACGUCUCGUCUUUAGUAUCCAACGCAAAAAGCAUACCUUUGCUGCGUUUGCAUCCAUGCACCUCGCUUGGACACUGGCUCGGUGGAUGAUUGAUCCCAGGCUGGAAAGCUUCUUGGCUAUUCCAGAGUGGUUUCGUCCCACGAUGGCUCAGUUGUACAUGCCGCAUGUGGAACUUGUCGACUUUCUCUUUUGGCCCUUACUGAGAGAGACGAUCACUAGUCACCCAGAUACCCUCCAGAGAGACUGGAGAUGGCUCGAGGACAUGAGCCGGACAGUCGAGUGUGACUGGUUCAUUAGCGUCGACCUCGCGCUUGAUAAUGACCCCUUGACUGGUGAAGUUUACUUGACAGAGUCGGCCAAGACAUGCGCCGAAGAGCUCGACAACUGGUCGGUAGGAUCCUCUGCCCAGCGAUAUAUUGAUGCAACCUCGAUCGUCAAGGUUAGGCCAAACUACGAGUAG